CUCCGCUCCGCAGGGGAGCCUGAGCCGGAGUGUCGUCGCUUCACCGAGGUUAGAAACAUCACCAAGGGCGACUGUCGCCUCGACAACGUGGAAGUCAGCUACUGCAGGGGACGCUGUUUGUCCAGGACCGACGUCAUUCUGGAGGAGCCGUACCUGCAGGCGGUGUGUGACUGCUGCAGCUACCGACUGGACCCUGAGCGUCCGGUGCGCUUCCUCAGUCUGAGCUGCUCCAGCGGGGACAGCGAACCCGUCGUCCUGCCCGUCAUACACAGCUGCGAGUGCACAAGCUGUCAGGGAGGGGAUUUGUCGAAACGCUGAGGAGACGUGUGGAGAAGAUGGCAGCCCUGAUGUCCGAUGUUGUGCUCGCAUCUCUGUCGAGUGUGCUCUUCUAGCCCCGAGUCAUUAUAUGACUGAUUUCUUUUUCCUAGAGUGCCUUCUGAAACUCUGACAUUAUUAUACCCAAUAGCACCAUGCUGCCAUGGCGACCUUUAUAACUGUGUUGUACUACAGUUGUGAAUAACUAUUUUAUGUCUGUUUUAUAUAAACUCUUUUUAUACUGCU